AUGACUACUCCUUAAAAGUAAAAGCUAAAUCAAAUAAUCACACUGUAUGCUUUGAUAACCCUCUCUAUGGCACUGACCCAAAGAAAUUUGGAUUUUACGAUUUUUGGAUUAGACUCAAUCAAAAUGAAGAUUUUACAUUGGGCUCAUGGCAGGAAAUAAUAAGAUUCCAAUUUAGUGCAUCAAAUUAAAACAAUAUAGUCUUAUAUACCUACAGAUCAUAUUGGAGUCGAUGGGAAGUCGAUACCAAAGGUAGAUGGUGGUUAAAUGAAGGGUAUUAAUGGAACUAUCAUUGUGUCUAUAAAUUAAGCGACCUCAAAUCCAAAAAUGAGUCAAGGCUAUAAUCAUCCUAAAUCAAUAUGUAUGCUUAGAUUGUAUGCAAACAGUCCAACAGUCAGUGCUUAAUUAAACGAGUUCAAAUUCUGGAGCUUUACUCCUACAUUAUAUACAAAUAACUAUUAUGGGUUUGAUGAUUUUUUAGAGAGAUACUAUGCUCAAUCAUUCAAAUACUACAAUAAUACUUUGCCUCCAGGUUUAGUUGAAUACUUCAGACCAAGGCCUUAAGGUAGCCCUAAUACAUGGGUGUCUAGUUUGACAGAAGUUGCGAAUUCCCCUGUCUUGAAUGCAGCAUAUCCAACUCUAGCAAAUGCUUUACGUGUGAUUUUGCUUACUUUUAUAGGGGGGAAUAUUCUUGCGCAAUUUCAGAUUGUCCUAAAGGAUAUUACUUCAAUGAUCUAAAAAAAUAAUGCAAUGUUUGCCCUUUUCCGUGCUCUUCUUCGACAGAUCCCUGCCCAGCAAAUACCUUUAAGGAUAAAAAUCUACCUAUUUGUUGAAAUUGUUCACAAGGAUGCGCAACUUGUAAUGGAGCAACUAAUUGUACUAAAUGUUUAAAUGGAUAUUUUUUAUCCAAUGGAAGCUGCAUUCUCAACUAAUGCGAUUUCUCACAGAUAUUAGCAAGCUCCUCAAAUAAUUGCACUAAUUGCCCAAAAGAUUGUGAGUACUACGGGUAAAUGUGUUAGUACUUGUCCAGAUGGAUUUUAUGCAAAUAACCAAAGUGAUUCCUGCUUAAAAUGCUAACCAAACUGUUUAAAUACAUGCGUUGCUAAUUGUCCAAUGCUAGGCUUUUUUUAAGAUGCUAGCAAGAGAGAAUGUGGUAAAUGCGAUUCUCUAUGUUCAAUGUGUAGCUCAUCUUCUACUGAUUGCAUUUCUUGCAAGCCAGGUAGUCUCUAUUCUAAUCGAAAAUGUGUCAAUAGUUGUGGACUUAAGGAAUAUGCAUCAAGUGAGGGCUUUUGCUAUCCUUGUGAUGUGAGUUGUAAUGUUUGUUACGGCUCCGUAAAUUCAUUGUGCACUAAGUGCAAUACUGGCUUCUUUUAAAAAGGAACCACUUGUUUAGAAGUAUGUCCAAUCAAGUAUUAUCCAGAAGUAGCUACUUAAAAGUGUGAAUCUUGUAAAUACUUUUGCGACCAAUGCAAAACAAAAGAAACCUGCCAAUCUUGUUUGCCUGGUUUCGUUCCUAUAAAAAAUAAUUGUUCAGGAGAAUAUUUCAUGAAAACAGGAGUUAAUAAAUCAUUGAGUGUUGACUUCAAUCCAAUUUAGGUGCCUCCAUCAUAUAAUCCUAAAGAAUUAACUGCUGAAAUUUGGUUUAGAGCAGACAAUAUGUUAGGAGCUAAUCCUGAAGUUAUCUUAGGAAUGACCCCUUAUAAGCUGAGAAAGAAGGCAGGAACUAAUUCUAUUCACAUUAACUACUAAACUACUCUCACAUUCUGCGAGUCAAACGAAACUUUGGAUUCUAAUAAGUGGUAUCAUUUUGCAUUUGCUAUUUCUGAAAAACUUCUCAAUAUGUCUUGUUACCUUGAUGGAAAUUAGUUCUCAAUCGGGGAAAAUUCUAGAGUUUUAAUUGCCAAUGAAGUAUUUAAGCCAGAUGAAUUAGUCUUUGGAAGCUCUAAGGCGCUUUUGGGAUAGGAAAAAAAUUUUAAUGGUUACGUCAAAGAAUUUCGACUUUGGAAAAAAUAUAGAUCUGAAUUCGAAAUUAAGCACUUAAGAUAUGUGACUUUUCAAAUCUCAUCUCUUGAUUUGAUAGCUUAUUGGAAGUUGAAUGAGAAAAAUGACGGUACGGUCUCUGUAUUUUUAGAUAGCAGUUAGCCUGGAAGUAAUUCUUAAGAUCCUAUGAUGUCAAUCGAGCCAAAUAUUAUUUAAAAUCUAGUAGAAUUCAAGGAAGUCUAUCAUUUAAUUUGUUCAGAUGGUUACUAUUAAAAGUUUAAUGAAACAGCAGGCUAUUAUUAGUGCUACAGUUGUGAUCCCCUGUGCAAGAACUGUAUAGGACCACUCAAUACUCAAUGUUCAGAAUGCUAUCCUCCUUUUAAGCUCUUAUAAGAGGAAAUGGCUUGCUAAAUUAUUGAGACCUGUCCUAACGGAUAUUUCAUGGACCCUGAUAAUGGACUGUGCUUUAAAUGCCAAUAAUUCUGUGAUAUAUGUACAAAUUCCCCAACAAACUGCUCAAUUUGCAAAAAGGGAACAUUUCAUGAAUACUUAGGAACUGGAUGUGUUGAUACUUGCCCUAUUGAUAUGUAUGGAAAUUAUCAAACCUAACUUUGCUACUAAAGUCCAAGAGUCGAUUGGAUUACUCCAUUAGCAGAUUCGUAAUUUUUACAUGGAGAAUUCAUUGAAGUUAGAGGAAAUUUCACUAUCCUAAAUAAUGAACCUCGAUCUACCUAUACUUAUGGGUGGAAUGUAACAAGAGUAGAUGGUGAUAUAGAUAUUUCUGCGGAUGCUGUCAAACCAUAUUAUGACACUGAUAUCAGGAAAAUGCAUUUGGACAAUAACAUUCUUUAGCCCUAUAACUAUUACAGAAUAACCCUAUAUGUUAAAGGUGAUAAAAUUAAGUACAAAGAUUUUUACUCGUAUCUUACAAUAUAGAUAUAUGUAGGCUCCGCACCUAAAAAUGGCAAGUGUGUAGUUUCUCCAAUUUAAGGAAUUGCAACGGUUACAAAUUUUAACAUCACCUAGAAAGGCUGGGAAGAUACAGAACUAAUUACUCAAUAUUAGUACUUUUUAUCCUUCGAUAAUGGCUAAAUUUAUUUGCCAAUAGACACUGAAGAGAGAAAGUAGCUGAUGAUAUAGUACAAAUUCAAUCCAAUUUAUCAGAAGUUUGCUGAAAUUAGAAUUAUGUGCAGAGCUACCAAUAUUAAGGGAUUUUCAAGCUAGUCCUCUACCAUUAUCAUUAUCGAGAAGAAAUCAAACUCUGAUGCUCGUAAAGAUCUAAAUAGUAUGAAUACUAUUUUUGCUUCUACAGAAACUGAUAUUUUAACAAUGAUUAAGUAAUUGACUCUUAUUAGCUAAUAUCUUGGAAAUCUCAAACAGUCUGAUACUUAAGUAUUUGAUCCCAAGAUUGAGGAAUCUCAAUGCUAACCUGAUGUAUGUAAUAAUAACGGAGCUUGUGUGUUCCUACCUUAUAUAAAGAAGUAUUACUGUAACUGCACAGAUAAUUUUGGUGGAUAAAACUGCACUUUCUCCAAUAAAACUCAAAUAUAGGUGAUAAAAAUGAAUUCAAUGAAAUUGGGUCAGACAUAUGCAACUUUAACAGAUAAAUAAUAUUAAUUCGAGUUCUUGAUUCUGGCUACGUCAUCAAGUAGUAUGAUAAGCAGUGUUCAAUUAGAAAUCAUAAUAAGUACUAUCAAUGAUAAACUAGCUUAAUCAGGAGAUAGAGCUCUAGAAGACUCAGAAUUAUAAACAUACCUAAAUAUAGUGUCAAAUCUUUUGGAAUAUCUGGAAGAGCAGAUCAUAAUAAGUAAUAUCACGGAAAACCUGAUUGAAAAUUCAAUAAAGUUAAAUUAGUACAAGGAUUAAUUAGACUCAAUUCUAGGAAUAUUCAACGUUUUAAGAUAUAAUACUCUUUAAUAAAUCAAUAUGCUUUUGCCAGAGAAAUAAUUUACUUCAAGAAUGAUUUCCUACAGAUAAUCUCUAAUUUCUUAAGACACAGUACUAUCUUAUUAAGCUACUUAAAGCACAUCUCGAAGAUCUACUACAUUUAUUAAGGUAUCUGAAAUAAAUUAUGAGGAUGUAAAUGUGGAACUUGAAAAUGAUUUCAUCCUUGAGGCGAUCGAAUAUGCCAUUAAUCCAUAUCAAAUAAUAAAUAGCUUCAAUUUGUCAAACAACAUCUUUGAAGCAACAAUGUAUAAUGCUUCAGACAAAGCCAAAGCUAGCAUUAAAGAUCUAAAGAACGGAUUUCAAAUAUUUUUCCCAUUUCAAGAUAACGGAAAUGUGACCUAAUUUGCUAAGGAUUAUAAUUCCCUAAGUCCUUUCAAGGCUAAAUAAAAAUUCAAAAGAGAUUCAAUGCUUGAAGCAAGUCAUAUCUAAUGCACAUAUUGGAAUGGUACGAUGUGGUCAAACAAUGGAUGCUCAUUCGAAGGUUUUGAUAAUACUCACAUUAGAUGUUAAUGCAACCAUCUCACAUCAAUUUCUCCUAAAUUUGUCUCACCAAGAGUUACAACUAUUGCAGCAGAAGUAUAUGCAAAUAGGUUUGUAAAGUCAGCAACAUAAAAUACAGGUAAUAUUGAGCUUGGAGAACUUCUUGUUCCUUUCGGAGAGUACUUCUAGAAUCUUUAAGAGCUUUUAUAACAUAAAACACCAAACCCUGUCAAUUUCAUCUUUAAACCAGGUCCAUAUCUUGUGAUUAUCUUCUGGUUUAUGUACAUAUCAAGCAUCGUUUAUUACUCUGGUAGUGACAGAUAAAAACGUAGUAAAAUGACUAAAUCAUAAAACAGGCAUGACUUAGCUGAGAUCAAAGAUGACCAAAUUUAGUGUCUUAAUGAUGUUAUAAUUGAUCUAAUGUCCAAAGAUAAAUCUCGUAAAGUCAAAAUAUCAAUUUCAGAAGUCAAAUUAACUUAAGAAAAGUUGUAAACAGAUAGUGAUAGACUAUGUAAAUAACAUGUAAAUAAUAUUUCAGAGGGUUUUGAAAAUUAAAAAUCUGAUUCUAUAUUGAGAACUGGGACGGCAGAUAAUGCUGAGCCUGUUGAUCGAGGUAAUUAUGCAUUUAAAGCCAUUCAAACUAUCCCAUUUAACAAUCAACUCAGCAAUGAUCAAAUGAAGUAGUACAAAAAGAGAGCAAGAAAGAGAAUAUUUGGAAGAGUAGGUGAUGUCAACGAAAGAGCAAGAAGAAUGUACAGGGAUCUUUUUAGGCAUAAGCAUUAUACGCCAGAAAAUAAGAUGAAAUUUUUCAAUGAAGCCUUAAGAAGCAAUCUUUGGUUUGGAUUAAUGGCUAAAACAAGUAAGAUAGCACCAAGGCAUGUAAGGUUGACUCUUCUUUAUCUUCACAUUUCAAUUCAUUUGUCAGUGAUGACAUUUUCUUACAUGUUUGCUUACCAAGAUAAAUUGGCUAUUUUGAUUGAUUUUUCUAUGGUCUCCACCUUGGCUAUUGGCUCAAUACCUUUGAUGGUUUCUUGGGUUUUAGCUUUUCCUGUAGCACUUAUUUUCAGGAUGCCAAUGGAAAUAAGGAGAUAAAUAGAAGGUGUAAGAGCUAAAAAGCUUAACAAGAUAUUCCAAGACUUAGAUAAUUAGAUGGGAUGUAGAUAUGCCAUUGGUUAUUUCAUUAGCUUCAGUUUUUAUAUUAUGAUGACAAUUUUUGUGAUUUUUUUCAACUAUGUAUACCCUACAGACUAUUGCAUGAAUUGGUUCAUUAUGGUUUUCAUUGUGCUUAUCAUGGAUAUGCUAGUUUACACUUUUGCUUUUGCCGGAAUCCAAUUAAUCAAUAUUAUUAUAUCAGUAAAGUUUAAACCCUUCUAUCAUGUUUGGGCAGCAUUAGAAAUAAUAAGAUAUUAUAAGAAUUUAAGAGGUUGA